UGGCCCUGCACUGGCCCCAGAGCCCAGCCUGCAGAUGCUCAACCUCCUUCUCCCCAUAUUGUAGGCGGAGCCGACAAGCAGCAGAUGGAUGCAGAGCUCCGAAAGGAGAUGAUGGCCAUCUGGCCCAACCUGUCCCAGAAGACCCUAGAUCUGCUGGUCACUCCUCACAAGUCCACAGACCUGACGGUGGGCAAGAUCUACGCGGCCAUGAUGAUCAUGGAGUACUACCGGCAGAGCAAGGCCAAGAAACUUCAGGCCAUGCGAGAGGAGCAGAACCGGACACCACUCAUGUUCCAGCGCAUGGAACCUCCAUCACCAACACAGGAGGGAGGGCCCAGCCAGAACGCCCUUCCGUCCACUCAGCUGGACCCAGGAGGAGGCCUGAUGGCUCAGGAAAGCAGUAUGAAGGAGAGCCCGUCCUGGGUGACCCAGCGAGCCCAAGAGAUGUUCCAGAAGACUGGCACAUGGAGCCCAGAGCGAGGGCCACCCAGCGACAUGCCUAACAGCCAGCCCAACUCGCAGUCUGUGGAGAUGCGAGAAAUGGGUACGGAUGGCUACUCAGACAGCGAACACUACCUCCCCAUGGAAGGCCAGGCCAGGGCCACCUCCAUGCCCCGCCUCCCAGCAGAGAACCAGACCAUCUCUGAUACCAGCCCCAUGAAGCGCUCAGCCUCUGUGCUGGGGCCCAAAGCCAGACGACUGGACGACUACUCACUGGAGCGGGUACCACCUGAGGAAAAUCAGCGGUACCACCAGCGCCGCAGAGACCGUGGCCACCGUACCUCGGAGCGCUCUCUGGGCCGCUACACUGAUGUGGACACAGGUCUGGGGACAGAUCUAAGCAUGACCACCCAAUCUGGUGACCUGCCCUCCAAAGAUCGGGACCAAGACCGUGGCCGGCCCAAGGACCGGAAGCAUCGGCCGCACCAUCACCAUCACCACCACCACCACCACCCCCCGGCUCCCGAUCGGGAGCGCUACGCACAGGAGCGGUCGGACGCGAGCCGGGCGCGGGCUCGGGAGCAGCGCUGGUCCCGCUCGCCCAGCGAGGGUCGGGAGCACGCAACACACAGACAGGGCAGUAGUUCCGUCAGUGGAAGCCCAGCCCCCUCUACGUCCGGCACCAGCACGCCGCGACGCGGCCGCCGCCAGCUCCCCCAGACCCCCUGCACCCCGCGGCCGCUCGUGUCCUACUCGCCCGCUCCGCGCAGGCCGGCGGCGCGCAGGCUCGCUGGUCCCGCCCCGCCCCCUGGCGGCUCGCCCAGGGGUUGCCGCCGCGCGCCUCGCUGGCCUGCGCAUGCGCCUGAGGGCCCGCGGCCGCGCGGUGCCGACUACACCGAGUCCGACGACCCGCGCGAGCAGCCAGGGGGCGCGCACGAGCCCGCGCCGCGGUCGCCCAGGACUCCGCGCGCCGCGGGCUGCGCGUCACCGCGCCACGGCCGCAGGCUACCCAACGGCUACUACGCGGGGCACGGCGCGCCGCGGCCGCGCACAGCCCGCAGGGGCGCGCACGACGCCUACAGCGAGAGCGAGGACGACUGGUGCUAAGCCGCCCCGCCUCCCCGCAGCGCCCGCGCACAGCGGGCGCACAGCAAAUGAUAAACAAUAACGUUUUUAAAAAAGAAAACCGGGGAGAAAAACAAAAAUAGCUUCUAUUGAUGAGUUUUAUCAUCUCAAUUGAAUCUUUCGUUUUCCCGGUGAACGAAACCAAGGUGGCUGCGAGCCGGAGGGACGGCUGCACGCCCCACACACUUCUCAGACCCACGGGAGUGCUUGCGGGCCACGCCAAACUUAUUACUGCCUGCAGAGAUCAACUACAAAAAAAUAACACUAACAGUUUUUAAAAGGACAAAAAAAAAAUUGAGGAAAAACAGGUUGUUGUUUUUUUCUGACAUUUGGUCCUGCUUGAAAUAACAAAAGGGGAAAAAAAAGGAAAAAUUUACCACCACCACCCUUGCUUCUUUUUUUCCUUUAUCUUUUUAAAAACUUUUUUUUCUUUUUUUCCUAUCUUGUUUGAAAAACGUGGGCUUGGGACUGUGAAAUAUUGCAUGACAUUAAAAAGAACAAAAAAAUAAUAAAAACGAAAAAACUUGAAUCCAAGGGCUUCUGAACUGGAGUGGUCUUUGUCCUUUGACCAAGAUGCCAUGCAAGUCACUCUUGGGAGAUGGAUGGAAGAGGGGAGGCAGUUUGUUAGCUCCCAGAGAAACCGCGCUGGGGACAUGGCUCGAAGGCAGUGCCCACUGGUACCAGGAACGACGGCCCUGGGUUCUCUCCCAGCUAAGGGCAUCUGUGACUCCUUGAGAGGAGAGUCCCACAGAACCGAGGCUCCUCCGGCUGCGUCCAGCUUCCGGUACCACCUUCCUCUGUGUUAAGUGUUCUGCCCUGGCCUCUGGCUUCUUGAACCAGCCUCAGCCACGGAGAAAUGCUGGCAAGGUCAAAGAUCUGAACAGUCUGGAUUACGUCAGAGCAAUGAGUUGGGCCAGGAUUUUUUUUUUAACAUUAUUAUUUAUAUAUAUGUGGAUUUGGGCAAUUGUGAAAGUGCCUUUUGAGCCAGCUGGAGUUACAGGCAGCUGUGAGUCCUCUAACCCUGGUCCUGGAAACCGAGUCCAGGUCCUUUGGAAAAGUAAUAUACACUUUUAACUUCAGAGCCCCGCACCCUCCCUCUCCCCCCUCCCGCCUCCAGGGUUUAUACAGUGACCCCCUCACCCUACAUUCACCUACCUCAUCCAGCAUACUGUCUAGAUAUCCACGCUCAUACAACACAAACACGCUGUCUACAUACCGCAGCCUUGGUAGUAAGAGCACUCUGCCCAGCCCCCAGUCUCCCAGGCCCUCACUCCCUGCCUGCCUGCCUGCCUGUUUGGAAAAUACUGUGAAUAUGGCCUAUAUCUGCAAAAUUGAAGGAAGAGUGGGAAAAGAAAGCCGCGCCUGUUCACACAAAGGUCAGGUCCCCAAGACCGUUUCUCUGGCCUAAGAGGGCAACUUCUGGCUGUAUGUGUCAAAGCAUGUGUGGAACCGCGCAUACAUAAAGGGGUGCAUGCAUGUGAACUGUGUGAUGAUCACACAGGUUGAUGCUAGUUGUCUUUUGCUGUUAGCCGCCUUUUGUUUUAUUUCGUUGUUUGUGAGACAAACUAUGUAGCCCUGGCUGUCCUGGACUCCCUAUGUAGACCAGGCCGACCUCAAACUGGGAGAUCUGUGCUUGCCUCUGCCUCCCAAGUGCUGGGA